GUUGUAGUAAAUCCUCAUUAAGACUUCUGCACAACCAAUUGAAAUAAUUUGUCAAAAUGCAUUCACAUCAUUGUUAACUUUAUCUAGUAACAAUUCAACUAAAAUACCAAUAUCAUCCUUUUGAGAGGAACAAAUGGUGUUUUAAGGCCAAUGGUCCAAACAUGUUUGCUGAUGACAGAUGACAGAUUAUAGCUGAAUCAUCUUUUACAACUUCAAAGGAAUUCCAUGCCUGCAACCAAAAAUGAAUUCCAUUUCCGUGGCCACGAGCUGCUUCGCUCGCCCUCAAUCUCAAGUUCAAGCUCGCUCCAAAACCCAGAGGCAUUCCUCAAAGAGAAACCCCAAUUCGAAGUUCAAGCCUAAAAAUAAAAGGAGUACCAAGUACAAGCCCCUCUCUGUGUCUGCUCCUUCUUCCAGCGUAGAAGCCACCACCUACACUCCCCUCCCUCCUAAACAAGACUUCUCUCCUCCAUCCUCUGAAUCGUCCAGAGAAAUCAAGCUUUUUGAUUCUGAUAUCGCCCAAUUCGACUUCAAUGAUUUGUCUGAGACGGAAACAGAUAGCGGUGAAGAGGAGGAAGCUGAGGAAGGACUCCAAUAUGAGCAAUUUGAGGAGAAGGGGAUACUGGCCGUAAUGCGAUGCUUUGACCGGGCUAAGAUUUAUGUUAAAGCGGCUGAUGGAGGGAAUGGGUUUGUUGCCCUUCGCCGCGAAAAGUAUGUUCCUCUGGGGGCACUGUCAGGUGGGGAUGGAGGGAGGGGCGGGAAUGUGUAUGUGGAGGUGGACGAGGCAACGAGUUCUCUGUUGCCUUUCAGAAAUGGAGUGCAUUUUAGGGCUGGGAGAGGAGGGCACGGCCAAGGGAGGAUGCAGAACGGGGCCAAGGGAGAGGAUGUGGUUGUGAAAGUGGCCCCGGGACGGUUAUCAGGGAGGCUGGGAGGGAGGAGGUCUUGUUGGAACUGUCGCAUCUGGGACAGGACAGCAUUGCUGCUUCCUGGUGGGAGAGGUGGCCGAGGCAAUGCCUCUUUUAAGUCUGGCGCCAAUAAAGUGCCAAGGUUGGCUGAGAAUGGUGAACCAGGUCCAGAAAUGUGGUUGGAAUUGGAGUUAAAACUGGUUGCAGAUGUUGGAAUAGUAGGUGCUCCAAAUGCUGGGAAAAGCACACUAUUGAGUGUGAUAAGUGCUGCUCAGCCAGCAACAGCAAAUUAUCCUUUUACAACUUUGCUUCCCAAUUUGGGAGUAGUUUCAUCUGAUUAUGAUUCUACUAUGGUAGUAGCAGAUCUGCCUGGUUUACUUGAAGGAGCACACAGGAGUUUCGGUUUAGCUCAUGAGUUCCUAUGGCAUACCGAAAGAUGUUCUGCACUGAUACAUGUUGUUGAUGGUUCCUCUCAGCAGCCAGAAAUUGAGUUUGAUGCUGUACGUCUUGAGCUGGAAGUGUUUCGUCCUGAACUUGCGGAGAAGCCUUAUAUAGUUGCCUGUAACAAAAUGGAUCUUCCAGAGGCAUAUGAAAAUUGGCCUUCAUUUAAGCAAAGCCUACAAGCAUGCAGAAUUGAACCUUUUUUCAUUAGUGCAGCAAGUGGAGAAGGCACACGCAAAGUUUCUGUGCUGCUUAUGAGCUUCUUCAAAAGUGUAAAGAAUCCAAUAUGGAGUUCGAAGGUCACAUUUUUAUGUGGUUUGGUUCCUUGAAUUUUUCAUAUUGCAUCCUUAUUUAUAUAUGUUUCGUUUUCUAUGGUAUGCAAUCUUCUCAUGAAUCCUUUUAUUGACAAGUCUGUCUACUUUAGAUUUGACAGCACCAGAAGAUCUGAAUCAUGUGGCUGAUAUGGUACAUAAGCAGUGCAAUGCCUCCAUUGAUGAGUUUGAGAUCAGACAGUAGUUCAAAUACUUGGCAUGUAAUUGGCGCAGGAUUACAACGUUUUGUUCAGAUGACAAACUGGCGGUAGGAAUUUGAACUUAUUCCUUUGAGUGUAGCCCUGCUAGCCUAUCUGCUAUCCUCUUUCACUCGCUCUCAUGCAUUUCUAUUUUGUCCUGUUCCAUGAUCAUCUCAAAGCACAUUAUGUUUUGAAUUAUAACUUUACAAAUCUUCUAAUCUGUGAAUGUUGUACAUUCAUGAAAAUGGAAUCAUUUUCAUUUCAAAGAGAAACGAAGUUAAAAAUGUAUUCUUAGGAGUACUUGAGAGCAGCCAUAUACCAGUUUAAAGUACCACCGAACAACAAUUUACAUGCUUUCUUUGAUAUACCUUAUCUUUUUGUCUUUCUGGCUUAUCUUGAACGUUACCAAUACUGCUUUUGAUAUAAAUUGUGAUUCUUUUGAACCAGAUAUAUGGAUUCUGAGUAAAGGUUCCAACAUGUUCUCGAGGCUUGUGUUGUGAAUCGUUCUCUUAUGAAGCUUGGUGUUAAAGAAGGUGAUACAGUAAUAGUUGGAGAGGUAUGUUCAUACUGUUCUAUAAUUUGCUAUAUAAUGUUUGUUUUUCCUUGCGAUGCAUUUGACAUACGUAUAAGCAAUUUACUUAAAAGGAACAACACAUGUAAUAUGAUUACAUUGAUGCCCCUACCUUUAAAACCUAUGUCUGUUUUUGAUAUAUGGAUUCCAAUUACAUUUCACUUCAUUGUGUGUCCAUGAGAACAACCAAUCAACAUGUAACACUUCACAAUAAAACCAAUUCUAAUGA